AUGGAUCAACAGAAAAAUAACAACGACCAUCAGCUACUUGACACACUGGAACAAGGGCAGCUACAAAACACACCUCAAACACAGCAACGAACACCGCCUCAAAACAACCAGUCAACGUCAACAUCGGAUCUCGAAAUCACAGCAGUAAUCGAUGCAUCGAUCGAUACAAGAGACAACCAGGAACCAACGACUCCAUCUCGAACCGUUCAACCAUCAACAACAGUCCUGCACGCCACACCAUCGCGCCCAGUUUUUAUCCACAUAGUUUCACAAGCCCCUGUGUCACCUCCGUCACCACGAACCAAUCGUCAAAUGCAAUACAAACAACAAGGAUCUCGUAAGCCACAAAUCCUGCGUCGAAUCCGCCAAACAAUUGGCAACUUAGAAGAAAUACCGACAUUCCCGGUAGCAAAACGGCCGCGUACAGGCACACCGCUUCCAACUUCACCACCACCGUCACUUCGUCAUUUCGGCCCGUCCGUCGCAUCAUCACCGGCCAUACUAAAGUUACCAGUACCACUAGUGCCAACCAACGUAUCGCCACCACGGGUACCAACAAACAUAUCACCACCAUCAGUGUCAACAAACGUAUCACCACCACGCGGCGUCACUGAAUCAACUAUCACACUAGCGUCCAUUAUAGCUCUGCCACCACGUACAACUGGCAAUAUCCAACCGAUAGUCACAACUAACGCAAUGACAUCAGCUCCGACAGCCCCAGCCAGGACAUCAGUACACCAGCAAAAGGUGCACACGACCACCACUAAAACUCAAAAACCGCCACCAUGGAUGCUACCCGCAAAAAGUCACACAUCGUCACCAACAGUCGAACAAAAACCCACGGGUAACAAAGGUAAAAAAACGAGAUUUCAGAACGGCACCACGUCCAAUUUCAACUCGUACACAAACAUCGGCAGCUACAUACCACCACCACCACCAUCUGUCCCACUCCGACAACCCAAAGUAAGGUCACUAAUGUCAUCAACCGCGAAAGUGCCACUUAUGGAUUUGGUACUAGGAUGGGAAUGGCCGGAUCAACAGACACGACAGGAACAAGGUAAGUACUUACCGACAAGUAACCGAUUUGAUCUGUUUUUAGAUACCAACCAAGGCAACCACUACCCAAUUCCGAACCCGACAGACACCGAGCAGCAGUACCCAAACCCGCAACGACGUCCAGCUCCGCAAAUACAACCACGACGCACAAUUCCAAACCCCAGGCAAACCAAACCAUACGCGCAACCAAACAAUAUCCAACAAUAUGUCGCCCCACCACACACGGAUCCAAGCAGACACGGUACCAGGUCACAGCAGCACCAACAGCAGAACACGGCAACAACACCAACCACUAAACCAACUCAUGUCAUAUUAUCAGACUCAACAAUGUCACGAUUUCGACUACCCCAAUUUAACAACAACACGGUCAACAUUCGAAUAAAAUCCAACUCCGGUUUUGGUAUACGUGAUUAUAUCCAACAAAUUACCAGCGGCCAGCUUAAAUAUCUUCUAGCACAAGCUAACAGUGUCACAUUCGUUAUUGGCACAAACGAUAUUGCAUGGAAUUCCGCGAACACUGUCAUAAAAUGGGUAAGUGAGCUUGUGGC